CUUAAAAAUGGUAAAAGAUAGGAAUGCACUAGCUUUUGCACGCGAUUCAGAAGAAAAUACAGCUCUGCAUGUCUUGUCUCAAAAUCAAACAUCCAUGGAUUCUUGUUGUCAUGAUCCAGAACAUGAUGAUAGUUCCAGAAUGAUCAAUCCUGACGUGAGAAAAGCUGUGGUUUUCCAAUUGGUUAAAUUUCUCUGGACUACUAUUCUUGAUAAACACAAAAACUCGAAGGAUGAGUUAAAAAAAAUAAGAAAUGAACCUUCUAAACUAAUAUUUGAUGCUGCAAAAGUUGGAAAUUUUGAGUUGUUAUCAGAGCUUGUUAGUGGUUAUCCUAAUUUGAUAUGGGAUGUGGAUAGCGAAAAUAGAACUAUAUUACACUUUGCUGUUUUGCAUCGCCAUUCCAGUUUCUUCCACCUUGUAAAUAAAAUAGGAAAAAUAAAAGGUGCCAUCGGGGAAUAUAAAGAUAAACAUGGAAACACUAUAUUGCACUUGGCUGCAAAAUUAGCACCAAAAGGUCAACUUGACUGGGUUUCUGGAGAAGCUUUUCAAAUGCGUCUCGAGUUGUUAUGGUUUGAGAAAGUAAAACAGGUAAUGAUGCCAGCACAAAUAAAGUUGAGAAAUUCAGAAGACCUCACUGCACAAGAACUAUUUUCAAAGGAGCAUAAUAAUCUAAGGGAAAGUGGAGAGGAGUGGAUGAAAAAAACUGCCGAGUCUUGUACGCUAAUUUCAACUGUCAUUGCUACUGGAGUUUUCACUGCUGCAACUAGUUUACCAGGAGGAACUAAUGAUGACACGGGAAAACCAAACUAUUUAUCUAACACAUCAUUUUUGGUGUUUGCAUUAUCAGAUGCAUUGGCACUCAUCUCAUCUUCAACGGCAAUAUUGAUCUUCUUGUCUAUUCUUGUCUCACGCUAUAGAGAGUAUGAUUUUAAUAAAUCAUUGCCUUUAAAGCUAAUAUUUGGAUUGAUCACAUUAUUCAUCUCUAUCGCAAGCAUGAUGGUAGCAUUUAGCAGUGCCUUCUUCAUUAUAUACUAUCAUGGUUUAAAGUGGGUUCCUAGUUCCAUUGCAAUACUUUCUUCCAUCCCGAUACUUUUGUACAUAUGUUUGCAGUUUUCACUAUUUUUAGAUAUUAUUUACCCAAGCUACUAUUGGAGGAAGAUAUCUAUGUCUGGUAAAAACAUGCUUGAUGUACUCAAGAAGUAAAGGAUCAUUAUUGUAAGGAAAAUGCUUACGGUAAAAGACAAGUUUGACAACAAAAAAUGCAAGAAUCUUAUUUUUUGGA